UCCCAGCAGCGGGAAGCUGUCACCCGGACUCUAGAGAUCCUGGGCCCAGGGGCUCCCGGAAGCUGCCGACCACGUGAUUCGCUGGCUCAGCUCACGUGACAAAGCUCCCGGAGGUGGGGGCCCUCGGCCAAAAUGGCGGCCUACCUGCAGUGGCGGCGCUUCGUUUUCUUCGACAAGGAGCUGGUGAAAGAGCCGCUGGGCAAUGAUGGGGCCGCUCCCGGGGCCACACCUGCUUCUGGAUCCGCUGCUUCCAAGUUCCUUUGCCUCCCUCCUGGCAUCACUGUCUGCGACUCAGGCCGAGGGAGCCUGGUCUUUGGAGAUAUGGAAGGCCAGAUCUGGUUCUUGCCACGUUCCCUACAGCUUACAGGCUUCCAGGCCUACAAACUACGGGUGACACACCUGUACCAACUGAAGCAGCACAAUAUUCUGGCAUCUGUUGGAGAAGAUGAAGAGGGCAUCAACCCCUUGGUUAAGAUCUGGAACCUGGAGAAGAGAGAUGGUGGCAAUCCACUCUGCACUCGAAUCUUCCCUGCUAUUCCAGGAACAGAGCCAACUGUUGUAUCUUGUUUGACUGUCCAUGAAAAUCUCAACUUUAUGGCCAUUGGUUUCACAGAUGGCAGUGUUACAUUGAACAAAGGAGACAUCACCCGAGACCGGCAUAGCAAGACCCAGAUUUUGCACAAGGGCAACUAUCCUGUAACUGGAUUGGCCUUUCGCCAAGCAGGAAAGACCACUCACUUGUUUGUUGUGACAACAGAGAACGUCCAGUCCUAUAUAGUUUCUGGAAAAGACUAUCCUCGCGUGGAGUUGGACACCCAUGGUUGUGGCCUGCGCUGCUCAGCCCUAAGUGACCCUUCUCAGGACCUGCAGUUCAUUGUGGCCGGGGAUGAGUGUGUCUACUUGUACCAGCCUGAUGAACGUGGGCCCUGCUUCGCCUUUGAGGGCCACAAGCUCAUUGCCCACUGGUUUAGAGGCUACCUUGUCAUUGUCUCCCGUGACCGGAAGGUUUCUCCCAAGUCAGAGUUUACCAGCAGGGACUCACAGAGCUCCGACAAGCAGAUUCUAAACAUCUAUGACCUGUGCAACAAGUUCAUAGCCUAUAGCGCCGUCUUUGAGGAUGUAGUGGAUGUGCUUGCUGAGUGGGGCUCCCUGUACGUGCUGACGCGGGAUGGGCGGGUCCACGCACUGCAGGAGAAGGACACACAGACCAAACUGGAGAUGCUAUUUAAGAAGAACCUAUUUGAGAUGGCGAUUAACCUUGCCAAGAGCCAACAUCUGGACAGUGAUGGGCUGGCCCAGAUUUUCAUGCAGUAUGGAGACCAUCUCUACAGCAAGGGCAACCACGAUGGGGCUGUCCAGCAGUAUAUCCGAACCAUUGGAAAGUUGGAGCCAUCCUACGUGAUCCGCAAGUUUCUAGAUGCCCAGCGCAUUCACAACCUGACUGCCUACCUGCAGACCCUGCACCGACAAUCCCUGGCCAAUGCUGACCAUACCACCCUGCUCCUCAACUGCUAUACCAAGCUCAAGGACAGCUCGAAGCUGGAGGAGUUCAUCAAGACAAAAAGUGAGAGUGAAGUCCACUUUGAUGUGGAGACAGCCAUCAAGGUCCUCCGGCAGGCUGGUUACUACUCCCAUGCCCUGUACCUGGCAGAGAACCAUGCACAUCAUGAGUGGUACCUGAAGAUCCAGCUAGAGGACAUUAAGAAUUAUCAGGAAGCCCUUCGGUACAUCGGCAAGCUGCCUUUUGAGCAGGCAGAGAGCAACAUGAAGCGCUAUGGCAAGAUCCUCAUGCACCAUAUACCAGAGCAGACAACUCAGUUGCUGAAGGGACUUUGUACUGAUUAUCGGCCCAGCCUCGAAGGCCGCAGCGAUAGGGAGGCCCCAGGCUGCAGGGCCAACUCUGAGGAGUUCAUCCCCAUCUUUGCCAAUAACCCGCGAGAGCUGAAGGCCUUCCUAGAGCACAUGAGUGAAGUGCAGCCAGACUCACCCCAGGGCAUCUACGACACACUCCUUGAGCUGCGACUGCAGAACUGGGCUCAUGAAAAGGACCCACAGGUCAAAGAGAAGCUCCACGCAGAGGCCAUUUCCCUGCUGAAGAGUGGUCGCUUCUGCGAUGUCUUUGACAAGGCCCUGGUCCUGUGCCAGAUGCAUGACUUCCAGGAUGGUGUCCUUUACCUCUAUGAGCAGGGGAAGCUAUUCCAGCAGAUCAUGCACUACCACAUGCAGCACGAGCAGUACCGGCAGGUCAUCACCGUGUGUGAGCGCCAUGGGGAGCAGGACCCCUCCUUGUGGGAGCAGGCCCUCAGCUACUUCGCUCGCAAGGAGGAGGACUGCAAGGAGUAUGUGGCAGCUGUCCUGAAGCAUAUAGAGAACAAGAACCUCAUGCCACCUCUUCUAGUGGUGCAGACUCUGGCCCACAACUCCACAGCCACACUGUCCGUCAUCAGAGACUACCUGGUCCAAAAACUACAGAAACAGAGCCAGCAGAUUGCACAGGAUGAGCUGCGGGUGCGGCGGUACCGAGAGGAGACCACCCGUAUCCGCCAGGAGAUCCAAGAGCUCAAGGCCAGUCCUAAGAUUUUCCAAAAGACCAAGUGCAGCAUCUGUAACAGUGCCUUGGAGUUGCCCUCAGUCCACUUCCUGUGUGGCCACUCCUUCCACCAACAUUGCUUUGAGAGUUACUCGGAAAGUGAUGCUGACUGUCCCACCUGCCUCCCUGAAAACCGGAAGGUCAUGGAUAUGAUCCGGGCCCAGGAACAGAAACGAGAUCUCCAUGAUCAAUUCCAGCAUCAGCUCAAGUGCUCCAAUGACAGCUUUUCUGUGAUUGCUGACUACUUUGGCAGAGGUGUUUUCAACAAAUUGACUCUGCUGACUGACCCUCCCACAGCCAGACUGACCUCCAGCCUGGAGGCUGGGCUGCAGCGCGACCUGCUCAUGCACUCCAGGAGGGGCACUUAAGCAGCCUGGAGGAAGAUGUGGGCAACAGUGGAGGACCGAGAGGACAGACACAGUGGGACCUGAGCGGGCGUUACACAGAAGGCUGGCUGACAUGCCCAGGGCUCCACUCUCAUCUAAUGUCACAGCCCUCAGAACUAAAGCAGACUUUCUUUCCCUGCCUUCUUAUUUAGCCAGCCUGCCAUCCCUCCUCUUCACUAGCAGUGUAGAUCAUUCCAGAUCAGUGGGGGAGGGCACCUCAGCAACCUCUGAGUGUGGACAAUAGCUGCUUUAUUCUCUAUCCAAGAGCACCAGGCUGUGCUUGGGUCCUUGCUCGCAGAGUCUGUAAAUAAAAGAAUAUAAUGAUUUGGGA